GUUUUGAACCAGUCGGACACAAUUACCUGCAGCACCCACGCGGGGAAUUCUGACUGGAGAGAAAGGUUAAUGGGUCGUUUGAUUAUCGGUUUAACUCUGUAGGUGAAAUGACAGAACUGAGAAAGAGAACACAGAAAUGUUUAGAAGAACCCACCAUUCAGGAGGAGACCGAGUCAGUAGUGGUAGCAGAUGCAGAGUCUGCUCCAAAGGAUGAGAAUGAACCAGUCUGUUCCAAGGAGGAAGAAAAGGAGGAAGAAAAAGAGGAGGUGCAUGCCAAAAAACUGACAUUGAAAGACAAAAUAGUUGACAUAGGAAGCAAGGAUGCAAAGAGCAAAUCUGCAGUUCAUCAGUGGGUAAAGUUUUUCUUUGGCAGCUGGGCAGCAAUUGCCAGUGGAAUGUUAUAUGCUGUGUACCUUUCCACCUUUCAUGAAAGAAAAUUCUGGUUUUCUAGCAGGCAGGAUCUUGAACGAGAAAUAUCCUUUCAAGAGGACAGUGGUUUGUACUACUACUAUUAUAAAAAGAUGUUGCAGGCAACAUCAAUCCAAGAAGGUCUUUUUGAAUUGACACAUGACAACAAGACAUUAUCAUUGAGGACUCUUAAUUCAGUACAGCAAAUCAAUCUGUAUCCAGAAGUCUUUGCUGGUAUACUGUACCGUAUUACUGGUAGCCAAGAAGCAAUUGAGCCAGUGUAUUUCUACAUUGGCAUAAUAUUUGGAUUGCAAGCAGUUUAUGUGACAGCACUGUACGUCACAAGUUGGAUACUGAGUGGGACAUGGAUGGCAGGCAUGCUUACAGUAGUAUGGUAUAUUAUCAACAGAAUCGAUACAACCAGAGUGGAAUAUACCAUUCCUUUAAGAGAAAAUUGGGCAUUGCCAUAUUUUGCGUUACAGGUUGGAGCACUUACAGGCUAUAUGAAGACGAAUGUUAAUUCUACUAUGGAGAUGUUUUCAUACCUUCUGAUGUGUGCUUCUACUUUUGCCUUUAUUAUGAUGUGGGAGAUCAGUCACUAUGUACUAUUUGUACAAGCCUUCAGUGUGUUCCUGUUGGAUUGCUUGGAUCUAAUUCAAAGCCGCAAGGUUGCCGAUGUGUACAGGAUGUAUAUGGUGUGCCUUGCACUAGGCUAUUUUAUACAGUUCAGAAAUUCUGCUUUACUGGCUUCCCCAUUGCUAAGCUUCAUUUGUGGUUCACAUCUUGCAAAAUACAUUCAGCAAAAUCUAAAGAAAGGUCACUUUGUGGCGAGAUUGCUGAAAUUGCUGCUUCAUUUCUAUUUGGUUUUCACAGUUUCAGUCACUUUAAAUCUUGUAAUAAAAAAAAUCAUCUCCCAAGAAGAAAAUGAACAUAUAUUAAAGUUUUUUGAAGCAAAAUUUGAUUUGAAUACUACAAGAGACUUCAAUACAAACUUGCUGCUUUGUCAAGAAACCUUCCAGACCCCACCACAGGAAUUCUUUGUCCGACUGACCCAGACCUGCUUGCUCCCGUUUUGUUUGUCUGUAUUGCUUAUCUGCUUUUUCUCAACUCUGGAAGUAGUUUCUAGGAAGUUUCGUGAUAUACCUCAAAAAAGUGAUGGCUCACUAGAGAAUAUGGUGAUUGCUGAGAGGCCGGAGGUGGUUUACCAUAUGUUCCAUAUGAUGCUGUUUGGUUCAUUGGCUCUGAUGUUCCAAGGCUUAAAGUAUUUAUGGACUCCUUAUGCCUGUAUGUUCACUGCCUUUGGUGUUUGCUCUCCUGAGAUGUGGAUUACUGUAUUUAAGUGGUUGCGACUCAGAACAGUGCCUCCAGUGCUGCUGGUGAAUUCAGAACAUUCCUUUACAGAAUUGAAAACCACAAGUUUUUCGAAUUUUUUUAGAUUCUUUCCAGAUGUAAUGGCCGAACUCUCUGAACUUCAGGAAUUUUAUGAUUCUGAUACUGUAGAGCUGAUGAGCUGGAUUAAACGACAAACACCAACUGCUGCUGUGUUUGCUGGAAGUAUGCAACUUAUGGGCACUGUUAAACUCUGCACUGGCCGAACAGUGACCACUCACCCACUCUACUCAGAUAGGGACCUACGAAAACGGACAGAAGAGAUCUACCAAGUCUAUUCUAGAAGAUCUGCAGAAGAUAUUUAUAUGAUUCUGAUGUCAUAUAAAGCUGAUUAUUUCAUAAUUGAAGAGGGAAUUUGUAAUGACAUGGGACCAGUGAAAGGCUGCCGAGUGAAGGAUUUGCUGGACGUUGCAAAUGGCCAUAUACUUUAUAAUGAAGGAGAGACGGACACAAACUAUGCGUUUUCCCUGUACGGGCGUUUUUGCCAUGAAAUUAAGCUGGAUUAUUCCCCUUAUAUCAACUAUUUCACUCGUGUUUAUUGGAAUAGAUCAUAUCGUGUAUACAGAGUCAACACGCUGAUAUCAUUUCAGUACUAGUGAGGUUUGAAGCCCUUCCGAUCACUAUCCUUGUUAAUGUUGCAGAUAUUUAAUGUUGAAGUAAUGUCUCAUUUCACAAGUGGACUUUUAAAAUGGAACUUGUAAAAGCGUAUAAAUACGUUAGGUUUUUUAACUUAUUUUUUACAAAUUAUUCUGAAAUGAAAAGAGGGCGAAACUUUUUUAUUUUGUAAUCAGCUAUGGGUUGUUCAGAAUGGAGGUCUAAAACAAAAACUUGCAGCAGAAUAAGUUAUUCCAUUUCGUUAAUUUACUGCAAAAAAGUAUUGUAUUUACUUGUUUGUAUAAGGAACUAACCGCCCUGAGCGCCACAUUGUCUUAUAGCUCUGCACUCUAGGUAGAGCUUAAGGACACUGGGACAUUGUGUAUAUUUAAUCUACAUGCUCUGUUCAGAUGUUGGUUUAAAUGUUUUUCCGAAAGUAUUACUGUUGGUACUUCAUGAUUUUUGGUUACAGGCACACAAAGAAGCAGGACCUUAUUGUUAAGUGUUUGAGGCCUUACUGAAAAUUGGUGGAAAUUAUAAGUUAGUUUUUCUGAAAUUACCUGCUUGGCAAGUGGAAAAGGGAACAUGUUUCAGAAGGAUCUGGUGUAGCAUUCGUGCAGUGCACAUGUACAGUAAACUAAUUGUUCUUUCAUUGUGAAAUAUGAAUGGAGUUCAUUUCAUUGAAUUAUGAGACAACACAUGUUUAAACCUUUAAUUUUAAAAUGUAUGUCAACUGUGAUAAACAAAGAAAGAUUGAUUCUUUAUUCCCUUUAUUUUGGAAAAAGUAUAUUUUGAGCCUCACACACGUCCUGGAGCAUAGCUCAUGACAGCACAUUAGGUGAGGAAAGAAACCUAGAACAACUGAAAGAACCCAUCUGCACUUCAAGAUUAUUCAGAUAACGCUUGUGAUAUAUUGUGCUGCAGUUGAUGCCCUUGUUUGUGGUCUGACAUAUCACCCAACUUAUCAGCCCUUCCCAGUUCUGGGAAGAUUACCAUCAAAGUUACAAAAUUGAGAAAAAAUAUGACGUGCCUUUGCCAUUCCAGCAAUAGAAAAAGACGGGACAGUGUCACUAACUCAGUUCUGCUGUCGGUUAGAUAUUAACCUCGGGGAUAUGAGUUGAAACCUAGUCUAGUCUGAAGAGUUGAAUAUCUCUGUAUUCUGUUAAAUGUGUUGAACAGUCUCAAGCCAGUUCCUGGUGGGCAUGGCUUACAGCACAAAACCAGUUUGAUCAGUAACCUUACUCAGACAUUUGCAGGAUGCUAAGUGUGGAAAAUAUUUAGGUCUGGGAUAAGAAGUUUUAUAAAAAAAACUUUGAUAACCAUUUGUUAGAUUGUAACAUGAAUAUUUUUUAUUUCAACUGGCAUGUUUAUCAUAGAACACAAUUGUAAACAGUAGUUUUAAAAGUUAAUUAAUAUGAUGGUAACGAGUUAAAGAGGGGAUUUGGCUGAUGAUGGUGACUAGGUUAAACCUGAUGAACAAAUAGCAAGGUGUAAGCAGCAGUAUCUGGGGUAGGAGAAGACAAUUCAUCCUGUCCAACCCUGUUCUACAGUUCCAAUGGACUUUGGUUCUUUUGUAACCCAGUUUAAGAUAUCGACUUACAUUGCAUCUGUUCUGACUUCCUUAUUUAAUAAAAAUCUGGAAAAUUUCUGUUAGCACAACAUGCAUAUUGUUUGGAAGGUAGAGUUUAAGAAUUUCCACAAUCCUUCAUGUGGGGAAGAGAUGCAUUACGAUUUCAUUAAUGUUUAAGAUUGUUAUCAUUCUGGAUUCCCAUGUCAAUGGAAAUACUAUGUCUAUAUACCUUUCUGCCUAUGUUUACUAUUCACAUUUCUUAAAUACCAGCCAUAUCUUUGAACCUGGUUUCACAGCUUAUUCCCUAAACCCUGGUAUAAUUUUGGUGGCUGUCCAUAUGUACGCUCUGCAAGGCCAGUUUAUUGUUUCAGAGGUGCACUGUUCAAAACUAGUCAAAACAUACAAGUAAGGAGGAGGACAAGGCCUUUCCACCCCUUGAUCCUGCUCCACCAUUUAAUAGCAUCUGAUUAUAACUUCAAAUCCAUAUUCCCACUGACUGCCGAUAAAUUUUCAUCCCCUUGCUUAACAACUAUCUAUCCUUUGCCUAUUGACUCUGCCUCCAACGUAUUUUCAAGAAGUGAGUUCCAAAGACUGAAGACCCUCUGAGAGAAAAGUUCAUCUCAUCUGGAUUUAAAAUUGUUGAUCCUUUAUUUUGUAACAUUGACCCUUAGUUCUAGAUGCUCCCAUAAAAGGAAACACCCCUUUCACAUCUAUCCCAUCAAGAUCCCUCAGAAUCUUGUAUGUUAUAAUGACAUCGCCUCUUACUGUUCUGAACUCCAGGAAAUACAAGCCCAGCCUGUUCAACCUUUCCUCUUAAGGGAAACUCAUUCCAAGUAUUUCCCUGGUAAGCCUUCUCUGAACUGCUUGCAAAGCAUUUACAUCCUUCCUCAAAUAAAGUGACUAAUAUUGUACAAAGUACACUAGAUGUAGUUACACCGGUGCCAUGUAUGACAGAAGCAUAAUCUCUUUACUUUGCAAUUAAAUAGAAUAUUCUGGUAGAUUUCCUAAUUACUAGUUGUAUCUGCAUACUAACCUUUUGUAAUUCAUGUAGCAGCACAGCAGAUCCCAAUACAUCUUACAGCUCAGUAAUUUCUCAUGAUUUAGAGAAUCAUGGAAUCAUAUAGUACAGAAGAUGUCCUUUGGCCCAUCAAGCUUGUUUCGACUAAAAAAAGCACUCUAAAUCUACACUAAUCCUAUGUUCCAGCACUUGACCCAUAGCCUUGAAUAUUGUAACAUUUCAAGUGCUCACCCAAGUGCUUUUGAAAGGUUGAGAUGGUUUGCUGUCUCAACCACUGUCCUAGGCAGUGCAUUCCACAUUCUUAACGCAUUCUGGGUGAAAACAUUUUGUUUCAAAUCCUCUUUAAACCUCUUGCCUUUUAAUGUAAAAUUAUGUCCCCUUGUUAUUGACCCUUUAAGUAAGAGGAACAGCUGCUUUCUUUUCAGUCUGUCCAUGCUCCUCAUAAUUGCAUAUAUCUCAAUUAAGUCCCCUCUCAGUAUUCUGUGCUCUAAAGAAAACAAAUUGAUUUUAUCCAGCGUCUCUUACAUUUACCAACUUCCAAUCUAAUAAGAACUUCCUCAAAUCUAGAUAGGUGUGGAAAAUUAAAACUAAUGUAUCAAUAUAGUAUAGUCACUUAUUUAACAUUCUCUGAUGAAGUUCAUUAGGCACUUGUCAGCCCCUCAAUUCCAACAGUUUACUCUGCCAUAUUUCUGGUGAUUGUGAUUUACCCAAGCCCCAACCUGCCUUCUGUUUCAUGAUCUACAUCUGCUUCUCUCCAGUCUCCUGACCUUUCGCCUCUCUUUACACAAUUAUAUGCUUUUUCUUAACAUUUGAUACUAUCUUUAACUUUUCUAGCAAACUAUGGAAAGUGGCUCUGUCCUUUGGAAUUUUCUUUACUUGUUGGAAUUUUUAUGUAUUCUGAAACAUCUCCUUCGAUAUCUGCCACCACAUCUGUUUUGACCUAUUACUUAUUCUAAUUGGCAAUUUACUUUAGCCAGCUCUACUUCCAUGCUCUCAUAAUUCCACUUAUUUAAAUUUAACGAAAUAGUCUCAGACCCAUUCCUCUCCCGUUCAAAUUCAGUGUAAAAUGCAAUCAUUUUAUGGUUGCCGCCACAUGAGUUACCUUCACUAUGAGGUAAUGAAUCCUUUCUCUUUCCACAAUACCGUAUCCUCCUCUAUGAUUAGUCACAGAAGAUGUUAUUCUCAGAAGCUGUCCCAAAACCAUGCUGUGAACUCGUCAUCUAGGCUAUCUUUGCCCAUCCAACUUUUCCAGCUGACAGGUGAAUUAAAAUCUUCCAUUAUUAUAGCCAUGCCUUUCUGACAAGUUCUCUGUAUCUCUUGUUCCAAACAACUGUAUUGUCACUGUUAGGGAUUCUGUAUACCACUCCACAAGUGACUGCUUACUUUAUUAUUUUUCAUUUGUAUCCAAAUUGUUGCUACAUCCUGGUUUCCUGAACUUUGGUUAUCUCUUUCAAUUGUUCUAGUGCAACUGUUAACUAACAGAGCUGCUCCUUCACCUUUUCCUAGCUUCCCGACCUUCUCAAAUGUCCUAUGCAUUUUAAUAUUCGGAUUCCAAUCCAUGUUACCUUGCACCCAAGUCUUUGUAAAUGGCUACUAGAUCAUACCUAUUUAUUUCCAUUUGCACUGUUAGUUCAUCUGUUUUAGAACAUAGAACAUUACAGCACAGUACAGGCCCUUCGGCCCUCGAUGUUGUACCGACCUGUCAUACCGAUCUCAAGCCCAUCUGUUUCAGAUAGAAUGUGCAUUCAGAUAUAUAGCCUUAGUUUUUGUCCUUUUUUUUAGUCUUUUUGUAUUCGCUCGUCUUAUCUGUUGGUUUACUCUUAGAUUUGUACUCUCUACCUCUUUUUCCUGGUUUGUUUAUCUCAUUCCAUCAUAAUCCCUUUCUCUUUUGGCUUGCUUUUAAUUUACCACAUCUUCUCGAAUUUGAUGUCUUGGCCCCACUCCUUAGUUUAAAAUUCUCUUUACUUCUGAGGGCCAGCACAAGUCAGGUGGAGACAGUCAAACUAUGCAGUUUCUAUUUUCCACUUCUUCCACAUCAGUUUUUGAGCUGUACUUUCUUCUAUUUAAUCUGAUUUGUCCAAUGCCAAUUUUCAAUGGCUUAUAAUGUAGAGAUUGUUUCCUUUGAGAUUCUGCUUCUUGAUUUGGUGCCUAGCUUUUCAUACUUAGUACACAGAACAUUUUCUGUCAUUAGCGUCCACAUGGACUUCGCUGAGUAGAUCCUUCCCCUUAUAUUGCAUGCUCCUCAUUCACCUCAGCAGAUGCCCCAAACCCUAAUACUGGGCAGUCAUCUGGAUUCAUGCUGUAGUGUCAAUCCUCUGACUAUAUUGUCCUCUGACUACCACUAAAUUCCUUUUCCUCCCUCAUUUAAAUGGCCUCCUGUACCAUGCUGCCAUGGCCAGAUAGCUAAUCUACCCUGCAGAUGUCACGCUCUUCGAGACAAGCUGAAAGAACUUCAAAGCUGUUUGACAAUUACAAAAGCUGAAGUUCUUCUGCUUCAGUCCCUUACCCGCCUCAUUCACAAUUCCACUGUAUUUCCAUGAAUGAGGUACAUCAGAUGAAGUCUGAUAAAUUUCUAUAUAAUUGAAGCAUGACUUUUUUGUGGUAUAUCUCAGUCCCUUUUGGAUAAAGUAACAUUUAUUCUAUGAAACUUCAUGGUACCUUUCUGUCUUUGUCCUAUCUUUCAGAUAUUUGUACACACAAAUCAUUAAACCUGUUUGUUCAUCUAAAGCUCCCAGUUUUCUCCAUUUAGAAAACAUUCCAAUUUAAUUUUCAUAAGAGAAUGACUUCGUACUUCAGAGCAGCUUAGCCAUCUCAUUUAUUUUCACAGUGUCCUUUUGUAAUUCCCUACUUCCAUGAAUACAAUUGUGCCUCCUAAUUUAGUAUCAAAUGCAAACUCAGAUACCUAACCUUGUCCUUUCAUCUAAGUUAUUAAUGAAAAGCUGAGACCCCGGUACAUUGUUAUUAUUCACAUGUCUUGGGAAGUAGUUAUAGUUCAAUGUUAAGGUUAAUAAUUCAUUCAGUAGCUUCAGCUGACACAGUAUCAAUGGUUGUGAUGCCACCAGGAAUGGAUCUGUCAGGGGCAGGAGUUCAGUCUUUGGAGAGUAGUUUAACGUGAAUGGUCAGUCUCUGACAGACAUUUGAGCUGUUUUUCAUGUUCCAUUUGUAUUUUGCUGAUCAUGGAGUCAAUUAGCUACAGACUUCGGCAAAUUUCACAACAGGAUAAAUUAACAAUGUAUUUCCUGUCUUCAGCCCUUUGUGGAAAUUGGCCUCCGAAUGUGAAGUCAGAUUCAGGACCUGCUUGGGGCAGACCUGAGUGACUGGCACAGCAGCUUAAUGGUUAAGACUGCUACCUCUCAGCCAGGAACCCAGGUUUGAUUCCAGCCAGUGUGUGGAGUUUACACGUUCUCCUCAUGUCUUCACAGGUUUCUGCUGGGUGCCCUGGUUUCCUCCCACAGUCUGAAGAUGUGCAGGCUAGGUCGGUUCGUCAUGCUUAAUGGAGUAUUAUGGGUUUUGGGUGAGAUGCUGUUCAGAGAGUCUGUGCAGACUUGAUGGGACGAAUGGCCUAUCUGUACUGAAGGGAUUCUAUGAUUCACAUGUGAAAAUGUGCCUGCAGGGGAGACUGGCAGAUUGCUGCUUCCAGAACAGAACUGAAUCUGUCAGGGGAUAUUUGGGACCUUAUGUAAUAGGACAGUAGCUGCGUAGAUUAUUGAUUAUGCUGUGGAUGUUGGUAAACAGCUUUUCUCACCACCACUUUCCUGUGAACUGGUAUUCUUUAGGAAUUGUGGUCAAAAACAGUUGACUCUUACUGCUUUGCUUGACUUGUUUGCCAUAAGGGAGCUCUCCAGUUCCUCUUGUGUUUAAGGGUUUAAAAAGUCUGUCUGCUUUGGGUCUUUUUGAGAAACUGCAUCGGGGCUGUUUCUACCACCCACUCUUCUGCUGGCCUCACCAUCACAAACCUGCUGUGACUCAUUUGCAGCCACUUUAAUUUUUUUCCAAAGGUACAGACUGAAUGGGUCAAAAGUCCUGUUCUGUGCUGUAUGAUUCCAUGAUAAUUGAUAUUGAACUGAUGGGCCUGUAAUUGCUUGAUUUUUCUCCUGUCUUCUUCAAUGAUAGUGAAAUUUUCACUUGGCUAAUCCAAAAGCAUAAUUUCUGAAUUGGGGGAGCCCUAAAAAAUUAUAACUGUUGUAUCUACAAUUUCCUUGUGUUUUUUUUAAUAUUGUAGGCUGAGAGCCUUUGUUUCUAUACAUUUGUCUAUUUUGAACUGGUUUGUCUCUGUGGAACAUCAAAUAUUGUGAUUUAGUCUAACAAGGAGUAGCUUAUAUGUUUUCAUGGUCAUACCAGUACUGCUUUUAUUGAUUUAUUAAGAUAUUUUUCUGUGUCAUGUCCAGUGCAGACGUCCAAACUUGUGUCACUUCAGUUAAUUGCCUGAAGAGUUUGGAAUUCUUUCACAGAAACAAUCCUACAUGUUGCAUGAUUUUGAUGGGUAUAUUACCAACUAUCUACGAGUUUUCCUGACAACAUCAAAGCCAAUCUGACUUAUCUGUUUACUAUACCUAAAUCUUUAUUAGACUAGUAUUUGCAAAAACAGCUUAGCUGUUAAGACAUUUUCACUAGUUUCCCCAUCUAUUGUAAGUUAUUUUACCUAUUAUUAUAGCUCUUCAUUUUUCUCUGUGAACAAUCCCAGGAGUCAGCAUCCUGUCUAAUAGUUAUUUAUAUUCGAGAAAAAUGUUGGGAAUUUGAUUCAAGCUUUGUGAUUGGAGCCCCUAGUUUCACAUGAAGAUGAGCCCACCUGUUACACUUUAAAACUCUAAAAGGUAUUUGUAGAUAUUUGCGUAACUAAUUUAUGAUUCUUGUUAAUUUUUUCUUAACAUGUGAGAUUUUGGAAAAAUCACAGAUUAUUUUGGUGGUAAAUAUUUUCAAAACGUAGUUUUUAUAAUUAAAAAUUUUGUCCCAAUAUGAAGGAGUAAAUAGUCUUUUUUUAAAACAUAAAACCUGUGUAUUUGCUAUGUAAAACAUUAUAAUGCAGCGUCUCCUUUAAAGCCUGAAAAUCUAUUUCCCAUGAGUGCUAUUAACAAUAAGCCAUGCAUAACUACAAGCUAUGACAGCAAGAUACAUUGAAGUACUCUCUGGAUAAAAGAUAAACACUUAUGUGCCUGAUACAGUAUAACUGGUUCAUCUGUCAGUUGCAGUAUCCUGAUUACUUUAUAUAUUCUCAGUAUCAAUACCGAAAAGAUAAGGAGCUACAGUGAUGAUUGGAUGCUUUUAUCUAUCAUCCAAUAUAAAUGUUGUAUAUCUCACUAUGAUUGUAAUGUUUGUUCCUCAGGUUAAUAGGAUUAUUGUGGAGAUUUGCAGGAGAAAUGUAGGAAAAUGUUAUCUGUUAAGAAAUGAAAUAAAUGGAGAGAGUCCAUGACUUAGUCAUCUCUAAAAGCUCACUGAAAGAUGCAAGCAUAAUCACAGAGCGGAUUUUCCACAAAUAUGAAGGCAAGAAUAGCUACUUAGUCCAUGAUUCUUCUGUACUUUACACUUUCCCAGAAUAGCAUCCAUCUGUAUUAAAUCCCUGUAAUCUUUACCUCCUCCCAAUACUGACUUAUAUUAUUCUAAAUUCUUCACACAUUAAAUUCUUACUAAUAUUUGUUUUGGAUUUUCAUAAUGUUCAAUUUAUGAACUCUGUUCUUUCCAUUUCAAUUUGCAUUACCAAUUUGGAAUUAUCUAUACAGAGCAAUGUUUUUGACCUCUGUGAAGACCUCAUUAACACUUUACUUUCAAAAGUUAGAGCUUAACAUUUUCUUUCUUCAUAAUAUUUUCAUUCACAUUUGGAUAUGUCAUGUUUCUCCUUUCUCUGUCCUGUCCAAUUCAUGCAGAGUUUUUUGGUAAUGGUAAUGAGCAUAAACAGUGGACAGUGCAAUGAUCAGACUACACUUAAUUUAAGCAUAACUUUCAGAGCCUUGAUCAUAUUGUUAUUAAACACUUUUUAUUUUUGUUAUCUUUUAUAAUUUAAAAUGUGUUUGCUACAAUGCAGAUCUUCUUCUUUAUAUAUUUACUUAACUCCUGCAUAAAUGAAAUUUUGCAAGAUCAUGAUAUGACCACUUUUUUUUGCACCCUGUGACUUCUCUAGAGGACAAGGAGCAUUUCAGGCAUGGUGUAGAUGCGAAGUGCACAAUAUCCGACUGAUACCAGAUCCUUUUUUGUUUUGCUUCAUAAAUUUUCAAUUUUUGGAAUCAAUACUCUCUUCUGCUGAAUUGCUCAACAAUGUCCAAUGGAAUGCGCAAGCAUCAGUUGUUAUAAUUUUGUCAUGCAAAACUCUGGCUUCGAGUUCUUGGAUGAAUGCUCUUUGAGUGUCAGAUAUGCUUUUAUAGUGGAAAAAAUCUUAUAUUUUGUUAUUUGCUGUAUUUCUCCAGCUUGCAUUAUUGCACAUUUUGUAUAAUUAAAAUAGUAAAGGGAAAUUUUAUGUUGGUAUUUCAUUAAAUGCAUCUGCUGAUGAGUUACAUUACCACGAAAAUGCUGCAAAGUAAGUUAUGUUACUUCUUAAAAAAGAGAAAAGCUUCUUCUGUUUUCAAAAGAUAGGUUCAUUGGCCAGUGUACCACCUGGUCUCUAAUUGGGAUGGACCAGGUCAUGAAGAUUCUUUUGAUAUUCCUUGUUCUGUGUUGAGGUAAUUGGAAUGAUAGUGUUCCAUCAUCUCCAGCAAUCCUGUAUCUUAAGGGAAUUUACAAGAUUUUUGUUCCUGAUUGCAAUCUGUGGAUCUAAAGUACAAAUGAGAAGAAUCUGAGGCUUUAGCCACGGUGAUCUCCAUGCUUGAAUAAUCUGUCAAUACUCAAUCUGCACAUUUCUGAACAUCAAAUGAUUACUCAAGUUUUGUAUGAAACACCCGUGAGCUAGAAAUAGGACUCCAAUGUGAUUUGAUGUAUUCAGGAGGUGAGGGCUGAGGACUGAGGUUCAGGUGGAAAUUAAAGGAAACUUUCUUCCAAAGAAAAAUGUAUAAAUGUCAAAUUCAUUGAUAAGGGUAACCUUCCAAGAUAAACUUUUAUUUAUCACUUCAGAGACUUGAGUUCAAUUCGCACCCCACAGAAUAGGUACUGUUUAACUACACCAUGUAAUUGAAGUUACCAUGUAUUGGUGAAUAGCCCUAAUUUGAUCAUGCAUUGUUCCAUGUGUAUGUUAUUGUAGUUUCAUUUCUAAAGGUGCUUUGUUUUGGAAAUAUUGAGUAUAAUUUUGACAAGUGCUGUCACAAAUAAACAUUGUGAAAAAUUAACUUGUUGUUGAGAACUAUUUGUAAUUUCCAGACAAAAAUGGAAAUCACAAAAUUCUUCUAGGUAGUACCACUCUUCCUCAAGAUACUGCUCUUGAAAUGUUAGUUUAAAGUAAAGAACCUGAUGAAAAUAUCUCACAUUGGGAAGAUGUCAUGGAUGCAAACGUUUUUGACAUAUUUCAUUAGGUAGUCUAACUGAGAAUUACAACA